AUCCUUUGCCGAAGGGGCAGCCAGUACUCCUCUGUGCCCCCCCUUUCUCCGCUGCCAGCGCCCCCGUUUCCAGCGGCGCCCCCCGGGUCAUGGCUGCGCCGACCCCUUUUCAGUCUAGAGCUCUCAGACGCGCAGGACACUUUGCAACGCCGCGCAGGGCCACUCGAGGUCCCUGCAGACAGCCGUGUGUUCGUGCAGGUGGCCCUGGCCCGUCCCUCCCCGCGCUGGGGCCUUGCCCUGCACCGCUGCUGGGUAACGCCAUCCUCCCGUCCAGCCCCGGGGCCCGCCCUGGCGCUGCUGCACGGGGGCUGUCUCACCGAUUCUUCAGUCACCUUCCUGCCACCGCUCGGUGGGGCUGCUCCGCCACAGAGCCCUGAGGCUGUUCGCUUCAGUUUCCGUCUGCACCAGGUCUUCAACGCCUCUGUGCAGUUCUUGCACUGCCAGCUGAGUCGCUGCCGCCGCCGCCGCCGCCUCCGCCUCCGCCUCCAGGGAGCCCGCCGGACUCCUGCGCCUCUGUCGCUACCGCCCCAGUCACCUUGUCUGCCUCAGGAUAAGGCGUGCGCCAGCACUGGCAGUGGCAGCAGCGAGAGUCUGGGUGCUGACGGCCCCCACCUGCACACGCUGACGCAGCCCAUUGUGGUCACGGUGCCACGGCCGCCCCUCAGGCCAACCAAGGGUGUCCCCAGCAGAGCCGUACACCUGGAGAAGCCUCCUGCGCCAGCCCCGGUGGCCCUGGAACCCACUCCAGUGGUAGCACUGGUGGUGGCCGCGUUCUUGCUGGGUGCCGCGCUGGCCGCUGGGCUCGGCCUUGUGUGCGAGCAUUCAGGUACCAGCCUUGACCCGCCGGGACUUUCGCCUGGCCCCCAGCCUAUUCCGGCUAUUCAGGACCUGGGGUCCACGCGAUCCUAG